AUGCGCACGCUGCUCUGGCAGUUUGGGCUUACGCACCGCUUUCUUCGCUCGGUGCCAUCACAAAACAUCCACGAAGGCUUGUCAAUUCACUUCCCCGCGCAUAGGCUCUCUGUUCAGUUGCGAGCCCUGGUCAGUCGACUAGAGAACGUGUCCACCAUUGUGACACACGGUAUUGGAAUCUUGCAGAAGAUAUUUGAAAUUACGAGCACGGCGGCGGACGUGCUUGCACUGCCGGUAGGCUACGGCCAGACACAAGAAGAAAUAAGUAGCCGGAUAGAAGAUUUUGCAUUUUUGGUCAAGUUUUUGUUCAGCUUUGAGAGAGCAGAAAAGGAGCAGCGAGACUACCUGCGUGAGAAGCUCGAGGGACUUCAGCAGCAGUAUCCUAUGGUGAACUUUGCCGACAUGGUUGGGUCGAGCUCAUACUGA